AUGUAUCGGCCUCCAAUUUCCCCAUCAGAAUUUGAUGUAUCGGAAGAAGCCAGCUAUGAUGUAGGUGAUAUAAUAGAUAUGAAUGAUGAAGAGGAUGAGUCUUCUAUUGACUUGAAUGAUUUUGAUUCGGAAGUUGAUUCGGAAGACUCUGAUGAUGGCCCAGAAUUACUUUUUGAAGACAAGGCUAUUGAAUAUUCUGUAGAAGAAUUGAAUGAUGAUGAUGAGGUAGUGGAUGAGUGUCAGAUGUAUAUUGAAAACUAUGUAAAAAGAUUUCAAUGUACUGAUGAGGAAAUUCGUGAGUUUUGUCAAGACAAAACCAAGGAAGAUAUUCAUGAUAAUUGGCAAAGGUUGGAGGAGAGAUUACUAAAACUGAAAGAUACAUUGAAUGGGAAUUUCAAAGGAUUAGACACCACUCUUAGAGAUAGUAUUAUUCAUCAAUUGGCUUUACAGGAAUUUGACAAGCAAGUGGUUAAAAAGAAGAAAAGAGUGGACGCUACUUUGAACAAGAAUACGAGACCAAACAGAAAGAGAAAAUCAGCACCAACAGUCGAUGAAGAGAAUGAUAUGAAUGAUUUCAUUGAUGAUGAGGGUGUUGAGGAAGUUAUAACGAGUGACGAAGAGCCAACUGAAAGAAUAAUCAAAACAGUAAUCCUCAAUGAAAAGCAACAAGCAUUGGCUGAUGAAAUUGAAAAAUGCAUUAUGGAAAAAAAUAAUAAUAAGUUCAGAGAAUAUUUGAGAAUGUAUGCAAGAAGGGAGAUUCCAGUUGUUGUAGCGUUCAAAACAAAACUUGCCUAUCACUUCAGACGCCAACAAUACGAACAAGGUUUCAAAAAGAUGCAACAGGAGGCACAAAAAUUAAAACUUAAGGAACAAUUGGCAGAGGAGGCACUUCAAAAUCAACAUAUUGUCGAGGAGGUUAAGGAAUCAGUCACCUUUAUCAAGAAGCAACAUGGAGAGUAUGAAUUAGAGUAUCAGGACUACGUCAUGGAUCACCAAAUUGAUUGUUUAAGAACGGCCAUUAAUAGAAUGAUGCAAGGAAAAUCCUUAUUGAUUGUAUUGAAUGACAAUGAAAAUAUGUACGACAAAAUGUUGGAAUUCGAUAAGGGAGGAAGAAUGAUGGUAAUGACCUAUGACAGGUGUAUGAAUAUUUUGAAAAAUAGUCCUGAGGAGGCAUUGUAUCUAAAGAAAGCUGAUAUUUUAGUAAUUGAUGAAGCUCAUGUUAUCAAAAAUCCAGAAUCUGAAAGAUUCAAGCAUUUCUCAUCCUUUUCCAAAUCUAUCAAAUUACUAGUUACUGGUACGCCAUUACAGAAUAGUAUAGCUGAAAUAUUCACGUUGAUAAGAUUUUUAGAACCUCAGAACCCAUAUGUGAGGAAGUUGAUGCGUUGUUUUAAUUCCACAUUUACAGAAUUCUUCUCUAAAAAUAGAAAAAACAUUGAAAACAGAGAGGUUCUUGCUAGAACUGAAGUCUUUUACAAUUACUUUAAGGAAUUGAUUCAUAGAAAAGUUAAUAUCAAGGAAAUGGAAGAGAUUGCAAAAAAGAAAGAGGAUAUUAUCAUAGAAUUUAAAAUGAGCAAAGAGGAGAAGGAUAUUUACGAGUUCAUUUCUCAAAAAUACAGAACUAAGUGUUACUUUGCCAGAUACUUUUAUCAGAGAUUAUGCCUCGACUGUGUCGAUUAUUUGAAAGAAUCAGAUGAGAAAGAUUUGGAAGAAUUUUCACAAGAAUAUAACGAUGAAGAUGUAACACCUGAGAGUUUUCAAACAACCCUCAAGAAAUAUAUUCAAGAAAGCCAUCCCAAAUUAACCGGCUCUACAAGAGUGAAAAUUUUGAAAAACUUAGUUUCUAGGAUAGUUGGAGGUAAAAAGGAAAAGGUUGUCGUAUUUUCUGGGUUAGUUUGCUACAACUCUGUCAUUGUUAAGGAGUUGAGCAAAGACAAUACAAUCAAGAUUGGUGUAUUUACAGGAGAUACAUCAUCUCCCAAGAGAGCAGAGAUUAUCAAUCAAUUCAAUAGGGGAAUUAUCAACACUUUGCUUAUUAGUAAGAAUGCGGGAGGUGUUGGUAUUGACCUUACAACGGCCACCAAUGUUGUAUUAUUCAAUUUGGACUUUAACUUUGCCAAAGAUGACCAAGCAAUUUGCAGAUUAGUCAGAAAAAAUCAAAAGGAACAAGUCAAAAUUUUCAGAUUGGUUUGCCGAGAAUCGGUGGAUGUAGCUGUUAAGGAACUUCAAGCUCACAAGACUGUUAUAUUUGACAAGUUGCUUGAUGAUAUUCCAUCCAUAAUUAAACCACGAGAAAGAAAUGAAAUCCCAGAGGAUUUAUGUAUCAAAGCUUUUGGAAACAAAUUUGUUCCUGCAAGCAUCAAAAAGCUCAUUGUAAAUAUUGAGAAAUUCCAAUUAACUGAAGGUUCAAUAGAUUUAACUGAAGACGAAGUUGAAACGGCACAAAACAAUAUUGAAAGUGAUAUGCUCUAA